UCUCUUACCUGUUUUUUUCUUCUUUUCUCCUUCCCCUUUCCCCCCACCCAUUCGUCCCCGUCUGGACCAUAACAGACACCAAAACAAAACCCAACUUGGUGAAAAGGAUAACCAAAAAGAAGACAUUAUCCCGCAAUUCUGAAAGGCAUUCUCUGGGAAAAGUCUGUGGAGGAGAGAGGGAUCUUCUUGCAAAUAAUGUGGUCUCAGGCAAAGAUGCAGCAUCUUGGCUGUCUGCUAAAAAUAAAAUGCCUAGGCUUGUGGUGGAAAUUGAGUGUGGAGCUGCACAACCUCAAAUGGCAGAUUAUCAUCAUUUAAGAGCGUCUGGACACCGGACAAGGCGAUUCGCUGAGCGCUUGGAGUUGGAGGCAAUUCCUGGUUCAGAUUUAAACAUCUUUCCAGGUCUGCGCAGGGCGGCCAUUGGCGGCGGAGCGUCACGUGACCGCGGGGGCGUGCCAAUGUGCGCCCUCACGGGUGUCAAGCCCCUGUCAGAGUGUGCGAUCAUCGCGAUCGUGAAACAACGCAAUGCAAAAAGCGACCUACUACGACAGCUCGGCGAUCUACGGUGGCUACCCCUACCAGGCAGCCAACGGGUUUGCUUAUAAUGCCAGUCAGCAGCCGUACCCGGCGUCCUCCGCCCUGGGCGCCGACGGCGAGUACCACCGACCUGCCUGCUCACUCCAGUCGCCAGCCAGCGCUGGGGGCCACCCCAAGGCGCACGAGCUGAGCGAAGCGUGUCUGCGCACCCUGAGUGGCCCGCCCAGCCAGCCCCCAGGCCUGGGCGAGCCGCCCCUGCCCCCACCGCCGCCCCAGGCCGCGCCCCCCGCCCCACAGCCGCCUCAGCCCCCGCCGCAGCCCCCCGCGCCCACCCCUGCCGCGCCCCCGCCCCCCUCCUCCGUCUCCCCGACUCAGAAUGCCAGCAGCAACCCUGCCCCCGCCAGCGCGGCCAAGAGCCCCCUGCUCAACUCGCCCACCGUGGCUAAACAAAUCUUCCCCUGGAUGAAAGAGUCGCGGCAAAACACAAAGCAGAAAACCAGCGGCUCCAGCUCAGGAGAGAGCUGCGCUGGCGACAAGAGUCCUCCUGGGCAAACUUCGUCCAAACGCGCGCGCACGGCCUACACGAGCGCGCAGCUGGUGGAGCUGGAGAAGGAAUUCCACUUCAACCGCUACCUGUGCCGGCCGCGCCGGGUGGAGAUGGCCAACCUGCUGAACCUCACCGAGCGCCAGAUCAAGAUCUGGUUCCAGAAUCGCCGCAUGAAAUACAAGAAGGAUCAGAAGGGCAAGGGCAUGCUGACAUCCUCAGAGGGCCAGUCCCCAAGUCGCAGCCCUGUUCUCCCCGGCGCCGGCGGCUAUCUGAACUCUAUGCAUUCGCUGGUCAACAGCGUCCCGUAUGAGCCCCAGUCGCCCCCACCCUUCUCCAAGCCCCCCCAGGGCGCCUACCCCGCCUCCUACCCCGCGCCCCUGCCCAGCUGCGCGCCCCCGCCGCCCCCACAGAAGCGCUACCCGGCGGCGGGGGCGGGCACAGGCGGCACCACCGACUACGACCCGCACGCUCAUGGCCUACAGGGCAACGGCAGCUAUGGGACCCCACACUUACAGGGAAGCCCCGUCUUCGUGGGGGGCAGCUAUGUGGAGCCCAUGAGCAACUCUGGGCCGGCCCUCUUUGGCCUAACUCACCUCCCCCACGCUGGCUCGGCCGCCAUGGACUACGGGGGCGCAGGGUCGCUGGGCAGCGGCCACCACCAUGGGCCCGGGCCAGGGGAGCCGCACCCCACCUACACGGACCUUACCGCCCACCAUCCUUCUCAGGGAAGAAUUCAGGAAGCGCCCAAGCUUACCCACCUGUGAUGGUGGGCUCGGGGCUGCGUGCCAGGAGAGUACCCCCUUUGGUUCCUUUUUUUUUUUUUUUAGGUUCUUCCAGCCCCUCCCUUUGCUCUCUCCUCCGCCCUUCAUCCCCCACUCCCUUUCCCCGUUUUGUUUUCUUUGGUAACGCGUUUUUAUAGUUUAUGUGACGUAGCAAUCUUGGUUGCUGGAAUGGCUGUCAGUAUCAGUAGCGAUAUUUAUCUCUUCCCGCCCCUCGCUCGGCCUCUGGCCCUGCACUCUUUACCUUUUCCACUCUUUGAUCAGAAACAGGGUAUAUGAACAAAUUUUCUAGUAGUUUUCAAUGUGAAUUUGUUCGUACAUUAUGGCUCCCGAGGGGAAGCGAUUACUUUUUAAAAAAAUUUUUAGUUUUUUUUUUUUUUAAUUGCACUUCUUGUAAAGAGCGAGAAAAAAAAUCAAAGGCGCUUUGAAACAGGGGCUCCCUGUACAAGGAUGACUUAAGUGUACGUCUUUCCGUGUGUGUAUGCUGGUGAACAGUCAGAUUUAUUUAUAUUUUUUUUGCAAGCAUUGAAUAAUCUAAGUUUUAAAUAUUAUUUAUCCCCAUCCGUCUGUAUUUAUAUUAAAGAAAUUCUGUAC